AUGAUGCCCACGACGAAUACCACCGUGGAACCCGACUUCAACCGCAUCGCCCCGCCGGGGGUCACAAUUCACGCCCAACACCUGUGGUUGUCGUCCUUUCGAGAUGGUCCGGAUGCCAUCCGUGAAGCCAUGGACGAGAUGAACGCUCAACUGGAACAGGGCGCUUGGUACCUUGCCCAAAGCAAGGUGGAAGUCGUCAGCAUGGUGGGCACGACCAACAGUUUUUAUCGGGACAGGGCUUGGAGCAACGAGAUGGAGCAGUUGAUGUCCACCGCGGCGGGAGGGCUUCCCGCAGUGGCAACCAGCCCGUCCGUGGUGCAGGCCCUCAAUUACUUCGGGGCCAAGAACAUCUCCGUCGCUACGCCAUAUCCCAAUUGGAGCAACGAACGGCUGAAGUCGUACUUCGAUUCCGCCGGUUUCAACGUGCUCAACGUGGAAGGAGAGCCUUGGGCGGCGCAGGCAGGGCCGCAGGGGAUGAACGACCAGGACCCUGAACUAAUCGUGGAGUUUGCUUCCGGGGUAUGCCGUGACGACGCCGACGCGUUGUUCUGCGCUUGCACGGGCUGGCGGGCUAUGGAGGCUGCCGCCGAUCUCGAGCAGCGUCUCGGCAAGCCAGUGGUGACGGCGGUCCAAGCCACCGCUUGGCGCGCUUUUCGCAAGGCCGGCAUCACUCAGUCAAUCAGCGGCUCCGGCAGCCUUCUGGAACGUAUGCCGCCAGUGGCGGAUUAA